AUUGUCAUUCUGCGUCGUGUUGGAAAAUUCUGUUCGAUAUGUUCAGUCAAGUCUUGAAAUAAAUGAAUUUUAACAUGGCUGAUACCGAAGGACAUGUACACGGAGAUUCUAAUUACCAUGAGGGAGAAGGAUAUAAGUGUGUUUCGCGCAGAGCCAUCGUGUGAUACGCGCGUCAACAAAGAAUAGUGAAAAUGACUGGGGGCACGGACAGGAACCUCGACUCAGGACAUCAGGUGGUCGGUAGGCUGAAAAUGCAGCUCAGAUACCGCGAUGUCACGUCGGUAACAGAGAAGCCAGCACCGGCGCCCCGCAGCGGCCCGCGCGGCGUGCAGAUCGUGAACACGGGACCGGACCACACGUUCAUACUAGACGAGGAGGCACUCACCGAGCUGCUGCUGAGGGAGGAUGUGCGCGACCGCAGCGUGGUGGUGGUCUCCGUCGCGGGCGCCUUCCGCAAGGGCAAGUCGUUCCUGCUCGACUUCUUCCUCAGAUACAUGCACCAUAAGUACGGGUCGGGGGGCGGCGGCGGCGGCGACUGGCUGGGCGGGGACGAGGAGCCGCUGGAGGGGUUCAGCUGGCGGGGCGGCUCCGAGCGCGACACCACCGGCAUACUCAUGUGGUCCGAGAUCUUCAAGGCCACACUAGACUCCGGUGAAAAGGUGGCGAUAAUUCUGUUGGACACACAAGGCGCGUUCGACAGCGAGUCCACCGUGCGGGACUGCGCGACCGUGUUCGCGCUGUCGACCAUGCUGUCGUCUGUACAAAUAUACAAUCUCUCACAAAAUAUACAGGAGGACGAUCUACAGCACUUACAGCUGUUCACCGAGUAUGGCAGGUUGGCGCUGGAGGACAGCGGGCGCACGCCCUUCCAGCGGCUGCAGUUCCUGGUGCGGGACUGGAGCUUCCCGUACGAGGCGCCCUACGGGGCCGCGGGCGGCCACACCAUACUGCAGCGGCGGCUUAAGGUGUCAGACAAACAGCACCCCGAGUUGCAGUCGUUGCGCAAGCACAUAGCGGCGUGCUUCUCUGAGAUUGCGUGUUUCCUGAUGCCCCAUCCGGGACUAAAAGUCGCCACCAAUCCACACUUCGACGGGAGGUUAACAGACAUCGAGCCCGAGUUCAAGCGGUCGCUGCAGCAGCUGGUGCCGAUGCUGCUGGCGCCGCAGAACCUCGUGCCGAAGCUGAUCAAUGGACAGCGAGUGAGGGCGAGGGAUCUACUACAGUACUUCAAGUCCUACAUGAACAUAUACAGAGGCAACGAGCUGCCAGAACCCAAGAGUAUGCUAGUCGCGACAGCAGAAGCGAACAAUCUAACGGCAGUCGCGGAAGCCAAGGACGUCUACACCACCCUAAUGGAGGAGGUGUGCGGGGGGGCGAAGCCCUAUCUUCAGGGUCAGCUGCUAGAAGCGGAACACGGCCGGGCCAGAGAUAAAGCGCUCCACGCUUUCCACUCGAAAAGAAAAAUGGGCGGCGAAGAAUUCUCACAGACCUACUGCGAACAACUAUCGCAGGACCUGGAGGAUCAGUUCCAGCAGUUCCGCGCGCACAACGAGAGCAAGAACAUCUUCAAGGCGGCGCGCACGCCCAGCGUGUUCCUGGCGGUGGCCCUGGCGCUGUACGUGGCGUCCGGCGUGCUCGGCCUCGUGGGGCUCUACCCGCUCGCCAACCUCGCCAACCUGCUCAUGGGCCUCGCGCUCCUCACGCUCGUGCUCUGGGCCUACAUCAGGUACAGCGGUGAAAUGCGAGAACUGGGCGUGACUAUAGACGAAGUGGCCAACUGUUUGUGGGAUAAUGUAAUGAAACCUGUGUACCAAUCUUGCUUGGAGAAAGGCAUGGAGCACGCGGCGAACGCGGCGGCGGAACGUGUGGCGCCCGCGCGCUCCAACGGGAAACUGAAGGGGUUGUGAUGCCCCACACGCGCCCGCACCAGGAUCACGACGCUCCUCACUUAAACCCGAUACCCAUGACACAUUAGUGGAACGAGAAAUUACCUGAAACCACAUAUGAACAACUUUUCAGUGAAACGGAGACAUGCUUAAAACCUAUAGAGCUGAUCGAGCUGACUAAUAUUGUGGUGAAAUACUAAUAAGCCGGUUCGAAUUGUUGAGAAUGAAUCUCAACAAUCGAGUGAGUUUUAAAAAAUUUGGAGAAUGUGAUGUCCUUGUGAUGUUAAUGAAAAAAUAUUGUAUAAAUAUAGAUUAGAAAGGAUAUAGCAGGCUUUGCGCAUCUUUUCUAGUCUACGAUGAUAUUAAAACCUCGAACGUUUGAUAUUCUAACAAGAGUUUAAAGUGUCGUGUGUGCAUCAUCGUUGUUUGGAGUGUGGAGCUAUCGGUGAGUGUUAUCUAAAUGGCCAUGUGAAUGUUCUGGUGAUGGAUAGUACGGUUGUUAGACCGUUACAUAGUGAAAUUGAGACUUAGUGCUAGUGUAGUGAAAUUGUGUCGCUCGGUUAAUCUGCAUAUAAAAAUGUUUAUUUUUUUACACAAUAUACUGGAUUGUUCUUCUUUUCUCAUAUCCUUAACAUUUGUAGAUAGUAUCCAUGUAAAUAAAUGUUUAUCUGACAGAUUAGCUGAUC